GUGCAUCUUCUUUAUAAAAAGAUACUAAAAUUUACUAAUAAUUUGCACCCACGAAAGUCAGCUGUUUUACAUUGUUUUUCGUUAUUUUGAGUAUUAUUGGUAUCUGAGAUUAAAAACUGUGUAGAAAUCACCCGACAGUAAGGCAAUGGAUACAUUUUCCUCAUUGAAAUACAGCACAUAAUUACUGUUCCGGCGUAGCAACCCACGAAAGUUUUGCACACUGAACGUUUGAAAAGGCCGGGUGCAUAUCUUAAAAUUUAUUCAACAUGAAAGGUGUAUUUGUGCAAAAUAGGAAAUGAAGAAUUGGAACAUCCUGGAUAAAUUGUAAGCUUUGGAAAUUUUGAGUUUGAAACCAUUUGGUGAACAAUUGAAAAAAAAAGAAAGAACUGAAGCAACAAAAAAAAGAAAAAAGGUAAAACAGCGACAAUAAAAAGGAAUAACUGAAGCAGCAAGACAAAGAACAAAAUGGGAAAAUACUCAGGAAAAACAUGUCGAUUGUUGACUAUGUUGGGGAUGACCGCAUCCUUUUUCCUUGUUGAGAUUAUUGUGGGCUAUGUAACAAAUUCUAUAGCAUUAGUGGCAGAUUCAUUCCAUAUGUUGUCAGACGUGGUGGCAUUGAUUGUAGGCUUUGCCUCUGUUCGGAUAUCAAAGUGGCAAACUCACAAGAACACAUUUGGUUGGAUACGAGCAGAAAUUCUUGGAGCAUUUGUUAAUGCUGUUUUCCUGAUUGCUUUGUGUUUUUCCAUCUUAGUAGAAUCAUUAAAACGUUUGGUUGAGAUAGAAGAGAUCAAAGACCCUAAACUAUUACUAAUUGUUGGAAGUUUGGGACUAGCAGUUAAUCUUAUUGGUCUUUGUUUGUUUCAUGAACAUGGACAUUCUCAUGGUGGUGGAAGUCAUAGUCAUUCACAUGAAAAAGAAGCUUUAGUGGAUACAGCAGAAAAUGGACAUGUCAAACAUUCCAGUGUUAAAAAUUCUCAUGGUCAUGGUCAUAGUCAUACAAGUGUUUUAGAAGACUCAGCAGAUAUAGAUGGGGUUGUCAUAGAAAUGGAAGAUCCAGGAACAGCAUCUGGUGCCCAGUUAAACAUGAGAGGUGUGUUUCUACAUGUAUUAGGAGAUGCUUUAGGUUCUGUGAUUGUCAUUAUUAGUGCUUUAUUGAUAUGGUUUGUAGAAGCUGACUGGAAGUAUUACAUGGAUCCAGCAAUGAGUAUAUUAAUGGUUAUUAUCAUACUGAGUACCACAGCUCCAUUAUUGAGAGAUUCAGGUUUAAUACUGUUACAGACUGUACCGGGACAUAUAAGGGUACACAAACUAAAAGAAGAUAUAGAAAAAAUAGAAGGUGUAGUAGCGCUUCAUGAAUUCCAUGUGUGGCAGUUGGCUGGUAAUAAAAUCAUAGCAUCCACUCAUAUCCAUGUUCAUAAUCUACAAGAAUAUAUGGUAGUUGCAGAACAAAUAAAAGAUCUAUUUCAUAAAGCAGGGAUACAUUCUACAACUAUACAGCCAGAGAUUAUUGAUGAAUUUGAUGUUGCAGAUUUUCCAAAGAAUCAAAAUUGUUCAUUAGAAUGUGGACCAAAUAAAAAUUGUUUGGUAGACACUUGUUGUGCACCCAAAAGUAAACAGGAACUUGCAAGGAGGAGCAGUAAAGAAAACAGUCCAACACGUCGGAGUCCUGAUCAUAAUAAACUUAAAACAUCUGCUUCAUCCCCAUGUUUUGAUUAGCAUGACUUUCAAUUGCAUUGUAUAAAUGUUUGAGGAUCAUGAUAGCAUGAGGUCAUGGUUUAUGAAAAGCAUGUUGUCAUUUUUGAACUAAAUACAUACAGGUUUGCUACAGUUUGAAAUCCUUCUAAACGCUAGUGACACAAUCAUGGUUUAAGUUUUCUUAUUCCAAACAUCACAAUCUAAAGUAAAAUGUUGAAAAUAUGUUGCCAUUCCAAAUCUUUGAACACAGUUUUACCAAUGAAAUCUUGAGUUCUUCUGCUGUGUUCAACCUUUUUACUCUGAUUUAUUGCAUCAAAGAAUGUUUAAAUACCUUAAACACCAAACUUAGUGACCAGGUCCAGUACAAAGCAUGUUUCUUGACUAUAUCACAUAAACUUGGUGUUGCUCUGAAUAAAUAUGCUUGGGAUAUUUGUCACUGGGCCUUGUGCAUUCUCAGUAAUUUUAUCUGCAGUGAAUACUCUUUACUGUGGAACCUUCAAUAUCCAGGACAUGUUUUGAUAUUCCCUUUUGUGUUUGAGAAAAACUAAAUUUUACUUCAUUCUAAAACUAUUUUUUGUACAUGAUGUGUUCUUGUAACAGUCCAUGAAUUAAACAACUUAAAAAAUUAUUGUAUUGGAAAAUCUAAUAUUGUUGAUUUGUGACGUCUUCCAAACUGGUAAGUGCAUUAUUAACCAGUAGGAAAACACUAAAUAUACUGUAAAUUCAGAGUUUAUUGUGAGCAUUGAUUUUUUCAAUUUUGACAUGGCCAACCAAAUUUUGAGAUUAAUUAUUGCGAUUUCAGCAAAAGCUGCAUGCACAUGUACGUAUCAGAUAUCAGAGAGGGACGAAAGAUACCAGAGGGACAGUCAAACUCAUAGAUCAAAAACAAACUGACAACGCCAUGGCCAAAAAUAAAAAGACAAACAGACAAAUAAUAGUACAGAUGACACAACAUAGAAUGCUAGUUUUUAUAAUUGCAAUACUCACCCAGUCGCAAUAAUUUCUGACUUUACAUUAAAUAAAUGGAGGACCAAUUAUAAAUGUAAUGGUUGUGACUAAUGAUUAAGACUCUACCUCUUCCAACUUUUAAGGAUUUAAGGAUUCAGAGUUAUUGAUGGCAUGCUUCAGUUUUAUGAUGCUAUAUAAGGUGUGGCCCUUAUUUACAAUUAUAGAUAUAACAUGAUAAACAGAUCAAAAUUUUACAGAGUUUUAAUUAUAUUUUAUUAUUCAUACUCAACAAAUAUUAUGUUUGCCUUUAUGAUAUAAAGUCAUUAUAUUAUUAUUACUAUUUUUGAAUUUUAAAUCAUGAACAUUUUUGCUGUCAACAUUUAUGUGUUUGUCAUAAUGCUUGUAAUAUAUAUGUAAAACUCUUAAACGUGUCCAUCCCCUCAAACAUGUCCGAUUCCCCCAAACGUAUCUAUUUCGGCCAAACGUGUCCUUAAAAUCUUAAAUCGCCCAAAUGUGUCUGAUUUUACAUCCCCCAAAUGUGUCCAAUAAUUGUUAUUCGCCAAACGUGUCCAGUUUGAAAUGCCAAAAAAACUCAAAACUUUUAGCGCUAAUAUAUCCUCAAUGAGGUGAAAUAACGUUUACGGCAAUGAAGGGGGAGACAAUAGAAGACGUCUAUCGGGUUUCAGUUGGAUUCUAAACAUAAUAUCGUAGCCGCUAUCCAAGGACAUCCAGAGGAAAGAUGUAGUGAUCCGUAUAGACAAAUGUCCAAUAUAUGGUAAACUAUGCACAAUAACUUUUGCAUUCCAAUAAACAGACAUCAGAUAACAAAAAAAAUAGCACAAUAAAAAGUUAGUUUUGCUUACAGCGGUUUUAUUAAUCUUUUUUAAAUCAAUAUGAUUAUAAUGAUCGUUUUAUGGAUGUACUUUUUUAUCUUGCAAGUUUACCCAGUGCUUCACUAUUGUGGUCAUUUAUGAGCAUUGUAUAAUUAACUAUUGCCUGUUGAUUGCUGUCCAGUAGCAAAUAUUUCAUGUAUAUUUAGAGCAAACGAAAGAAAAUGCAAUUAACUAGUUUUGUACAGUUUAGUUCAUUGCUUACUUAACGAAUUCUUUUGUUCUUUUUUGGCUUUAUAUGAUACGUUUGGUUGGAUUGAACACAAUGUGGCGUUUUAAAAAAAUGUACACGAUUUGGCGUUCAUAAAUAGAACACGUGUUGGCGCCCUUUAGCAGCUAGACAUGUUUUGCAGUUCAGUGACGUCAUAUGGACAUGUUUGAGGGAAUCGGACACGUUUGGGGGGAUGGACACGUUUCUGAGUUUUACAUAUAUGUUUAAGUUCACAUUGGUAAGUUAAUGUUAAAGUCCUUAACUAAAAUCUGAACAGGUUGAUUUCUUUUAACAUAAAUGUACUGAAGGAAAAUUUAUACUCGUUUUACGAGAGUCAUUCUUGAAAUUCUUUAGAUUUUUUUUUAAAUUCUAUACUGCAUAUUUAAGAAUUUUUUUUUAAAAAAGGGGGCACACAUUACAGAUGAUAUAGUCAAUAAUUAUAUAUAAUAACACACAUCAAAGGGUUUGUAAAAUUAAUUUUGACUUGUUUGUUAAAUCCUGAAUAUAUUAGUAUUUAAUGUUAUACCAAAACUCUUACAAGGUGAAUUUCAUAUUUUUAUUAUUUUUAAUGUGUAUUUGUAUUAAAAAAAAAAAUCACUAUUUUUUAGACCCCACCAAAUAUGACUGGUUAAGCUCAAUAAAAAAAUAUUAGUUAAUGUCUUUAGAAUGGAGUCAUAUGAUCCUUCAAAUUUAACAAAAAAGGGGAAUAUGUUUUAUAUUCUUGAAUAUCUAAGUAUUACUAUAAAACAUGUGUACAUAGACUUACCGUGAUUCGUCAAAAUAUCCUUAACGUGUUUCGUCAGAGGUCUCAAAUAAAUAUAGUUAUAUGAUUUAAAAAAAAAAAAAAUAAACGUGAUUCGUCAAAAUCAGUCUAGUUUUUUUAUCGUCUGAAAGAAAGUACAUUUUAUCGUCAUGCACUAAAACUUACCGUUAACCAUACCUGCCAACCUCCAAAACCUUCAAAGAGGGAGAUCUCCCCCUCAGCUAUGACAGUUGAGGGGCAGAUUUUGCGCAAUCGACAUUUUCAAGUUAAAUAUAUGACCUGUUUACUUAUUUAUCUACAAAACACCAAUAAGAGUUAAUAAAUUUACUUUAUUUCUUCAAUUCAUGGUUAUAAUCUACACACUGUGGUUUUUGUUUGCCUUUUUCAACACCUCUGAGUCUUACACUGAUCAUGCUAUCAAACGUCGUAUAGACCACCAGAAGAAACCGAAAAGCUUAUUGAACAUGAUGUGCAAAAUGAAGAUUCAUUGCCAAGUGUCAGUGAACUUGGUCGUAAAAUUGAAAAUUUUUCAUUCAAUCUGCUUGACAUUUCGAUUUGCAGUUAUCUAUUUCUUUAUUUUUACACUUCCACUUGGUCCAGACUAAGACCUUUAUCUUGUUAGAGUUGAUAUAGCAGAAAUGAAUUUCGAUCACUUAUAAAUCAAACAUAAAAACUACUGUGCAAAGUUUUCAAAUGAUCGCUGAUUGUUUAUUUAUUUCUAUUGACAGUAAUGAAAAAAGGCAGAGAAUUCAGAACGCGGUUCAUUUCAAAUAAAAAUAUCUGAAAGAGGGAGAUUCAAUACUCCAGCGGGGGAGGGGACUAGCAAGCAGGAGAUUUCCGGAAUUUCGUCGUUUGUGCGGGAGACUCCCGCUCUUCCUUUAAAAAUUCACCUAUCACACAGUGCAAGUGAGAAGAGAAACCUGUAAUUGGAAAAAAAGUGAACAAACAUGGUCACAAUUUGGUAAACUUUGGCAUCCAAACCUGAAAGUAAUUAGCAGCCAAAGCUUUUUUUAUCAAAAAUCUCCAAAUGCAAUAUUUUUUGCAGAUUAUAAUUGAUUGAUUUGUAACAAAUUUAAAAACAAACAUGCACAGAUGACUUAGUUUAGUAUAUAUGAAUGUUGAAUAAUUUUCUUAACAUUAAAUUACCAGAAAAUCAGUUCAUAUUGCUUUCAAUUCAUAGGUGCUAUUUGUAUUUUUUAAAGAUUUUUUAGGUGUAAGGUCAGUUCAAUUUAUUGCUUCAUCCUUUUUUAAAAUGUAAAUCCUUUCUUCAGUUCCAUUAGAUUUCAUUUGUAUUUAUAAACAUUUAAAUCCUGAUCGAAAAAAAAACAUGAUCAAUCGAAAUCCAUUAAAGUUUUUAUUGUAAAGAAGUCUUUUGGACAAGACUUAUCAGGACAGAAAUAUGUUUAUCUUGCUUUGUUGAAAGUUUCAAACUGAAGAUGUAGUGAACCAGAAUAUCCCAGUUUUAAGGAUAUGCGUAUCUUCAUCUAUUCAUUUAACUCGAUCCUAUGCUAAGUUGUUUUCUAAGCACAGUAUCCUAAGCAAAAAAAUAUAACUGAAAUACUUCAGACUUUUUCAUUUUGCUCAAAUAUUAUGAAAUUCUUCUUUCUAAUUUCUAUUAUAAUUGUCAACAUUAAUUUAUUCCAUACAUUCAUAUGAAAGUUCCAAAGACAUCUUUUACAUGCCAAAAUUCAGAUUUCUUUCAAAUAUUUGUAUCUGAAAAGAAAAGCACAUGGACCUAAAUUUUAAUACAAUCCAUCACAAAUUACUACACAUUCUUAGUGAAUUUUAAGUGUUAAUAAUUUUUCAGUUGUAUACAUUUUUAAUUUAUUACCCUUGGCUAAAUCAAAAUUAAUUUUUUAAUAUAAAUUUUACAUAAUCUUGUGUUUUUAGAGUUUUCCUAUAUUUCAAUAGCUUAAUUGAAUCAGAGUACAUUACACACAUGAUGGGGACAUUUCAUUGAGGACAAAGAUUGAUAUAAACAGGAGAAAUUUUACAUGUAAUGUAACAAAAUGCAACUGAUAAAAAUGGAUAAUAGAAAAAAACUUCUCUAUAACUUUAAUACUGGUAAUAACUUUUUUUAUAACCCGAUGUAAAGAUUAAGUGUGCAAGGAAACAUUGAGAUAUAGAAUUAAAAUGGAAUUGAUAUUGCAUGCAAUGUGUUUGUUGAUUAUUAAAAUAUCUUGUUUCUAUGACAACCAAUAAGAUGUUACUAAUUUAUUGUAUUGCUAUUUAUUGAUUUGUUGACAGUGUACAUAAUAAUUUAUAUAUAUUAUUGUACAUGUAAUUGUCAAAGUUGCAUUUAAAUAGUUUUAUACAAUAAAACAUCAGACCAUUA